AUUACAGAACAAGCCACCAUGAUUCACAAGUGGAUGUAGACAAAUGAGUCUUGCAUACAAAACUAAACAGAGCCACCCUGCACGACACUUUAAAGUCACUUUUGUUCUAGACAGACUGGGUAAUUAGCAUGCUAGCUGAGGGCCAAAUUUGGUGUGCGUAGUCAGCCGGGGAGGAGUGUCAGCUCGGAAAACUGGUUUGCUCACGCGGUUCGUCUCUGUGGCUUUCUUAACUGGGUCAUUUUGCCGGCUCACAGACAGUGAGAGGGGAGAAGAAGAGAAACAGGGCGAAUAAGCAUCCAGCACAUUCCACGGGCAUCUUAGGACUUGAGGAGAAAUUCUUAAAAAGAUUACAGCAUGUCGCGUCGUGGUUUUUCUCGAGGUCGGCGCAUGGUGACGUAUGAAAGUCGCAUGGGAAGUGCCUUUGACCCAGUGUCAAUUCCCCAUUUCUGGCAGGCAUAUGGCAGCACUGCUGAUGGACGUUCAGUGGACCGAUGGAAGGCACAACAUGAGAGAUCCAGUGUGAAAAUUGAUGACAACACAGUGAUGAGAUGUAACUGGGUUGACCUGAAAAUUGCCCAAAAUUCUAAGGACCAUCACACCGACCAGUUUGAGUGCUCUACCUAUUGGGAGGAUGAUAAAUAUCAGCGCCAGGAUCCAUACCUCAUCUUGAGGAGAGGGCAGGCAUUUGUGGUGGAUCUCCAAAUGGACAAACCUUUUAAUAAAGAAAUGCAUGAUUUGAAGCUGUGUUUUGAGUAUGGGAAAUUCCCCAAGCCAGGCAAAGGCACCAGUGUCAGUUUCCAUGUGUCUGCUAAGGACCGCCCUAAGGAAUGGGGAGCCGAGAUUGUGUCUGUGGUGGGAAAUACCAUCACGGUUAGCAUCAUCACCCCUCCGGACUGCCUGAUAGGCAAGUGGGACAUGAGAGUGGACACGGCUGUCAAACUGAACGACGGAUCGACGAGACUAUUCCGAUAUUUCUUCCCCAAACAAUUCUAUGUGCUGUUCAACCCAUGGUGCAAAGAUGACCAAGUCUAUAUGCCAGAUACCAAGCUCUUGAAUGAGUAUGUCCUGAAUGAUGUUGGGAAGAUAUAUGCUGGUACUUCCAAGCAAAUUGGUUCUAAACCCUGGAACUUUGGGCAGUUUGAAGAUUUUGUCUUAGACUGCAGCCUUUUAGUGUUGGAAAAAUCUGGAUUGGCUCUCAGUGCUAGAGGCAAUCCCGUGCAGAUUGCAAGGAAGAUUUCUGCCUUUACGAACUCCCCUGAUGACAAUGGCAUCUUGAUGGGAAAUUGGUCGGGUAACUACGAGGGUGGCACCAGGCCAACAAAGUGGGUCGGCAGCGUUGCCAUUCUGCAAGAAUACUGGAAGAGGAAGAGGCCAGUCAAAUAUGGACAGUGCUGGGUUUUCUCAGGAGUUGUCACAACAAUUUGCCGCUGCCUUGGCAUUCCAUGCCGACCUGUGACCAAUUUUGUCUCUGCUCAUGACAGUGAUGGCACCAUCAGUAUUGAUGACUACUUUGAUAUGGAUGGAAAUCUCCUGGAAGAAUUCUGCGAAGACUCUAUAUGGAAUUUCCAUGUUUGGAAUGACGUAUGGAUGGCUCGCCCAGAUUUACCCUCUGGCUGUGGGGGCUGGCAGGCCAUUGAUGCUACACCACAAGAACUUAGCGAUGGUGUGUACUGUGCAGGUCCUUGCUCCCUGAAUGCUAUCAAGGCAGGUCAAGUGUACCUGCCUUAUGAUGGGCCAUUCAUCUUUGCUGAAGUCAACGCCGACCGGGUCAGACACCGAAGACGGAAUGAUGGGACCUGGGAUAGAUAUUUCAUGAAAGCAAGUGUUGGUCAGAAAAUAAGCACCAAAAAACCCCUGGUGACUGCCGUGGACUCCUUCUCAAGAUGGAAAAAGGAGGAUCCAGAUAGAGAGGAUAUCACUGAACAGUAUAAGUUUAAAGAAGGUACUUCUGAGGAAAGAGCUGCCACCUUGGCUGCCAACUUGAAGUCUACCCGACGUGACUUGUAUGACAGAAAUACAGAUGGGGAUGAUGUUAAAUUUGAGUGGGAGGAUAAAGAUUUCAUCACUGUUGGGAGUUCCUUUGAUGUGGCUCUGGUAAUGACCAAUAAGGCAAAGGAAGAGCGCAAAGUAGAGAUUACCUUGAAAGCCGCAGUGGUCUACUAUACCGGAGUCAUAAAAAGUUUUGUGAAGGGUGACAAGUUUGAAAUCACACUGGCAGCUGGAGAGAAAGGCAAGAAGGUUACUAUGAGCGUAACCCCAGAUGACUACUUGGAUGAGCUUGUGGACCAUGCUAAUUUCAAGACCACGGUGAUCGCCAAAGUGGAUGAGACAAAUCAGAUCUUUAUGGAGGAUGACGACUUCAUGCUCAGACCACCACCGCUAGAGUUUGAAUUUUUGGGGAAAAAGAAUGAAAUAAAGACUCUGACCCCCUUCAAGCUGAAGGUAGGCUUUACCAAUCCACUACCGAUCCCCCUCACCAGGUGCAUGUUUAUUGUGGAAGGACCUGGACUCCAAAAACCCAUGGAGUAUCAAUUAAUGGAUGUUGGUCCUGGUAAGAGAGCCGAGCAGACUAUCUCGCUGACUCCAAAGACUGCAGGAAACAAGCAAGUCAUUGUCAGCUUUGACUGCUACCAGCCAUGUGACGUCACUGGAAUGUUCCCUGUCACCGUCAAAGGAUAGAAGAUGCAUG